CAAUUUUCCACUAAAUGAGUAUUCCGGUUUAAACUUCGCGUUGAAACUUCGUCUCAAGAACCAUAACCUCUAAAAGCAGUUUCUUACGGUCCAAUUAUUCAGAUUGGUUUUCCUAUCCCCCAAUUUUCUCCCUUCUCUUAUAUUCAGAAAAUUGAUUCCAUCGUUUUUCUCGUAGUUCAUCGAAAAGUCGUUUCUACUGAAUUGUAGAAAGGCUUUUUGUUUGUAUUUUAUCGUUACUUGUUCACAGUUUAUAUUCUUCAAGUUUUAUGCAGUCGGUGUUUUUCUAGGUUUUUUUUCUUCGUGCAUAUGCUGAAAAGGGCUCGUUAUGUAGCUCUCCAUACUCCCUUUCCAUUUCAUGGAUUUCCAUGCCAAGUCUUCAGAAAGUGUACCGUGUCUCAGAGUCAUCAAAGGUGGUUGACGAGCUCUCACGGUGAAGUUUCAUAUCCCCACUCUCCUUUAGAGCUAAAAAUUUCACCGUCAGCCAUCAAGCUGGAGACCACUCGAAAUGUGGGUUCUCAGCCCCUUGGACUCCCUUUACGCACUUUAACGGAUGACUUAAACAAACGGAUGCAAGAGUUAUAUGACAAUGGAGACUACAAAGCUUGUGUCUCUGACUUUCGUAAAGCUCUCCCAAAGUUCAGAAAUGACUGGCUUAAAAAUGAAAGAUUUAUUCAUUGUUGUAUCCUGGCAUGUUCUUGUUAUGAUAAGCUAUCUCAACCUUUGAAAAUCAAAAGGGUGUAUGGAAUCUUAACGAGUAAGAAAUCAACCCUCACUCCUCAGUUAAACCGAAUGUUUCUAUCAUAUGCUACCGGGUGUAUUAAUUAUGGUCACAAAUCUGCCCUAGAAUGCUUUGAUAAUUCCCCAAAAGAACUUAUUGAUUAUAAUCUUUGGUUGGCCUGGCUUUGCUUCUCAAGAGCCCCUGCAAUUGUCGUCUGGAUGACUUUUACUCGCCUUUGCUCUGCCGGUCAUACACCUAGCGUUGAAACAUACGAGCAUUUGUUUUUAUCUUUUUCCUCUCAAAAACACGACUUUCUUUUUGAUAAAUCCUACGACUUAUUUCACAAGGACAGCUGUCCUUGGCGACCGCUUACUUUUAGAAUUUUAGCAGAAUCAUUCGUUCGCUUACAGCGCUUGUCUGACGCUGAAAGUAUAAUUCGCAGUUUCAUUCAGAAAAAUCCCAAUAAACCCCCUAAUGAGGCGCUAUUCAUUCCCCUGCUUCGGCAUUAUGCAGCUACUUUCGACCUUUCUAGCAUGGAAAAGAUUCUCUCAUUAAUGAACGACUGUAAUACCGAUAUAUCUACCAUGACUCUUAAUGUUUUCUUACGUAUGGCAUUUCAAAGGCCAGAUCACAAAAGCUCUUUUCAAUUUUGUUUAACUAAAAUUUCUCAGCUUGUCAAAAAUAAUGUCCAGCUUGACUUCGAUUCGAUUCUGUUAAUUUCGCAGUUUAUGAAUCAGGUUCGUGUACCUGAAAAUAUGAAACCGUGGAUUGAUUCCCUAAUCUCUCGUUUUUGUUUACCCGAUCACUGCUCACUCCCAGUUCUUCGUAAAAUCCAAGAGCAUGCUUUUUGUUAUCCAUUAUUGCAGUCCAAGCUACCGCUUGCUAUUGAAACUCUGAGAUUAACAGGAUUUGACUGGAAUGUAGCCACUUUGUACAUCAAUUGGUUAUUUUCGUGUAAACGAGUCACUGAUGCUAUAAACUUUUUUUACUCAGUUACAAUUGAUAUUGGUAAUCGCCCGUCACCAGAAUUAUUUCAUACGUUUAUGUCUGGCUUAUUAGCUGCUGCACCUUCUGAGAAGGUGUUAAAGACAGUACACGAAAUUCAGUCUAAAUACCCAUUGAUUUGUGAUUCGUCUAGCACAAAUCAUAUCAUCUUGUUUCUGAAAUCUAUUUCAUUUAGCUCAACUCCAUCAACAGUAAGACGUUUGAUGCAAAUCUUUGAAGCCGAUACUUCUGUCUCUUCAAAUUCGUUGAUGUUAGCUGUUGCGGAAUGGUUAUUUACAAGAGAUUUAUUUCAGAGCUCACUUUUGUAUGCAACAAAGGUUAUUGAAAUGGGCACCUCCUAUAAUUUUUUCCGUCCCCAAGUUUUAAUUUGCUGGUGUUAUUAUCGACUGAGAGAUUUUCGGUCUUUAUCCCACCACGUUACUUACCUCUUGCAAACAGAUAAUGCGGCUUUAUUAAGAGCGCUGGCUACAAGUUUGAAGCGCAUGUCUCAAAAUGAAUGUAAUUUAAUUAACAAGCAGCUAUUGAUGAAUUUGAAGUACAGGGUAUCCCUUGGAGCGCAACCAUCUCGGAGCCACAGCCCUGAUGCAAGAAGAAGGGCUCUUCAUAGAGGAAGGAAGUUAAAGAAGAUUUUAGUAUCGGCUUUGCGAAAUCAAGCUUCUCUCGGUAAUUUAUUAAAUUAAUGAUUCUUACAACAGGUACAAGACUCUUCUUAACAGAAAAAUAAAGAGGGGAUUUUUAUUGUUGCAUGAAUGCUAUAAAAAGCAAUUUUCUGUACAUGAAAAGAAAUUGACGUUUCUUAGUUUUGGAAUGAAAAGUCAUAAAGUUAAAAGUAUUAUCUAAAUGAAAACAUUUGCAUGCGUUAAAAACUAAUGUAAGUGACGUUUCCGUUCAGACAUCUUUCAGAUACCUUUUGCUAGUCGUGCUGUAAUCCAAGCGUACUCGUAUUGUCUU